CCCUACGGACGCAUGCUUGGAAGACAUGCGCUUUGCGGCAAAGUCCUCCUUUUCUCCACACACGCUUCUAAGCCUCGGCACAUCUCCUCACAUCGCUACUAACUACACUUUAUUCAUCCUCCGUGUCAGGAUAAACUCCACUCGUCUCAGCCAAAUUUGGAGAUUAUUAGGCCUGCUUAGCUUAAUAGUUGUUUGAGCGCGCCAAUUAGCUUAGCAUGCUAGUUAGCUUAGCUUGUUAGCCGCUAACAAAGAGACGCGGAUUUGAUCAACACAUCGCUUAGUUAAGAUCAAGUGUGAGUGUAAAGUGUUGUGAUUGUGUGAAAAUGUGCGAAAGAACGAUAGCAAAGUAUGAGGAGGAACUUUGUUGUGUGAAAAUGUGUGAAAGAACGAUAGCAGAGUACAAAGAGGAACUUUCUCGUACAAAAGAAGAGAACGAGAGACUACGUCAACUAUUGGAGGCUGUUUUCAAGAAACCUCAAGUUGUGUUACACAGAACAGACUUAAAAAAAGAACAUCUUCCUCAUGAGCAGGAGGAGGAACCACAGUCCUCCAACAUACACGAGGAAGAAGAGGUACCAAAUUCCCAACACAUCAAAGAGGGAGGAGAGGAGCCACAGCCCCCCCACAUUAAAGAGGAAGACGCGACGCCACAGACCCAUAAUGUUAAACUGACCCUUCACAUUAAAGGGCAAGCGGAGGACCCACUCAUCUUACACAUCAAAAAGGAAGAGGAAGACCUACUGACCCCUCACUUUAAGGAGCAAGAGAACCCGCUGACACCUCUCAUUAAAAAGGAAGAGGAGGACCCACUGACUCCCUACUUUAAAGAGGAAGAGGAGGACCAAGAGGCGCCGCACAUUAAAGAGGAAGAGGAGGAAGAGGGCAUCAGUCAGCCUAAAUGGUUGGAGGAGUUCCCAGUGACUGGUGUCCCUGUGAAGAGUGAAGAUGAUGAGGUGAAAGGUGAAAGUGAGGAGAGGGGAGGGGGGGAGCCUCCAAGCAGCAGCUCAACACAACACAUGACAACAGAAGCUGAUGGAGACCACUGUGGAGGAUCACAAGCAGACAAGCUCUUAGCUCCACUAUCAGAUAGUGAGGACACAACGUCACACUCUCCUGACACUGAUGAUGAAGACUCUAAAGAUGAUAAGACAUGUCACACUGACAACACUCACUUCACAUCUUCUCACUCUCACAAAACCUUUAAAUACCAUAGUUCUCUGAAAAGACACAUGAGAACACACACUGGAGAAAAACCUUUUUCUUGUUCACUCUGUAGUAAAGGUUUUGCACAAAGUCACCUUUUGAAAAGACACAUGAGAACACACACUGGAGAAAAAACUUUUUCUUGUUCAAUCUGUGGUAAAGGUUUUGCACACAGAAACAAUUUGAAAAGACACAAGAAAACACACACUGGUCAAAACCCUUUUUCCCGUUCAACAUGUGGUAAAAGUUUUACACGAAGUCAGAGUUUUAAAGAACACAUGAGUACACACACUGGUGAAAAACCUUUUUCCUGUUCAACCUGUGGUAAAGGUUUUACAAAAAGUCAGAGUUUGAAAAGACACAUGAAAAUACACACUGGUGAAAAACCUUUUUCCUGUUCAACCUGUGGUAAAAGUUUUAUACGAAGUCAGAGUUUUAAAGAACACAUGAGUACACACACUGGUGAAAAACCUUUUUCCUGUUCAACCUGUGGUAAAAGUUUUACACGAAGUCAGAGUUUUAAAGAACACAUGAGUACACACACUGGUGAAAAACCUUUUUCCUGUUCAACCUGUGGUAAAAGUUUUACACGAAGUCAGAGUUUGAAAGUACACAUGAGAACACACACUGGUGAAAAACCUUUUUCCUGUUCAACCUGUGGUAAAGGUUUUACAAAAAGUCAGAGUUUGAAAAGACACAUGAGAAUACACACUGCUGAAAAACCUUUUUCCUGUUCAACCUGUGGUAAAGGUUUUACACUCAGUCAGAGUUUGAAAGAACACAUUAGAACACACACUUUUGAAAAAACUUUUUCCUGUUCAACCUGUGGUAAAGGUUUUACAAGAAGUCAGAGUUUGAAGGUACACAUGAGAACACACACUGGUGAAAAACCUCUUUCCUGUUCAACCUGUGGUAAAGGUUUUGCACACAGUAACAAAUUGAAAAGACACAUGAGAAUACACACUGGUGAAAAACCUUUUUCCUGUUCAAUCUGUGGUAAAGGUUUUACACAAAGUCAAGAUGUGAAAGUACACAUGAGAACACACACUGGUGAAAAAUCACAUUCCUGUUCAAUCUGCAACAGAAGCUUUUGUGACCGAUCGACCCUUGUAAGACACAUGAGAAGACACCCAGGAGAGAAAGUGUUGAGUUGCAGUGUGUGUGGUGAAAGAUUGUCUUCUAAGUACCAGUGUAAGAAACACAAGUGUGCUGGUGAGAACAGCAGCAGCAAAUGAAACUGCAGGAUUUGAAAUAAACUGUCCAGACUUUCAUUUUGACUUUCUAACAACAUCAGCACAUAUAACAUGUGUGACAUUGUUGUUUGUCUAACAAUCUGUUUAAUAUGCUUCUACAUUUAUAGAUUGGAUAGUUUGAAAUAUUGAAGUGUGACAUAUUUGUAUUUGUAAUUGUUAACAAUCCCAUAGAUUAUCACCUUUAUAUGUUAUACAUAUGUACUGGUUCACAUCUGAAACAUCUUCUGGACCACUUCAGGAAGCAUAUUAUUAUUUACUUUAUACAUCAUUUAAACAGUUGUCUUUUAUACAAUUUUAAAAUAUGUGUCUCUUUGAAUCAUUUGUUGGGUCUCUAUAAUCUAUUUUAUUCAUUACCGUUAUUACUCUGUAUUAUGAUGAUUGUGUUGUGAUUGUUUUAUAUGUAUGUCCCCAGACCUUUAUGCAAUAUAAAAGUGAGAGAAAAUGGCUGAAUUGUUUGAGGAAGGAUUUCUUUUGUUUUUGUUUUUUUCACAAACAGACAUUUGUGGAUAAAACAAAAAUUCCCAUUAAUGGGUUUCAAUUUUUUUUUAAUAUAUGUAUUCUUUUGAAACAUCCCCAAAACUGCAUCAGUAUCAAUCAAAGUUCAGAGUGUCAGUAAAAAGCUAAUAUUGUACAUCAUCCCACAGAUAUUUACUUUGCAUUCUGUUGGAGCCAAAUUUCUUUAUUUGUUUAUUUAGUUUUUAUUUAGUUUUCUGUAAUUGAUUGCUGGCCUCAGUUGAUGCUGAAUUUCCUUUUCGGCAGAUUGCUCCGCCCACUUCCUCUUGAGAACCAGGAGAUGUUGACAGGGAUGGGACCGUUGCUAUGGUGCGGUUGCUAUGGUAACGUCAUUUAAUUGGGUUCAGGUGGGAACACUGGAGGGGCGACUGCAUGGAGGACACAAACUGUUUACAAGCUUGCUGUGUGUGGUCAGGUCUCACUGCUGUGACAAUGUUGCAUCCAAGUCAAGGUCAGCAUACUUUAUGUUCUACAGCCUACAUGUCAUUUCAGUUUGAUAGCCAAAAAUAAACUGAUUGUCAUAUCCAAACAUA